AACGAGCUACUCGCCGCGAUUCCCCAAUCCGCCGCCGGGAUGAUGCAGUCGCACAUGCCGUCGCCGGCGAGGCUGGGGAUGACCGUCUCGUCGCCGUCGCUCCCGCCCAACCAGUCCCCGGCGAACCCCACCUCCUCGCCGCCGCAAGCCAACAACCCGCCCUCCAGCGCUGCCGCAGCGGCAUCCGGAGCCGCGGCGCCAACCCUAACCACCUCGGCGUCGCUGCUGCCGCUCCUGCCGCCGCUCCCGCGCGCGCAGUCGCUGCUCCACCUCAUGUCCUCCCUCGCCUCCAACCUCUUCGAGCUCUCGCCCAACCGCGCCGCCUGGAUCUCGGCGUACCGGGGAUCGCUCCCCAACUUCCUCGCGUCGUCGUCGGCUUCCGCGGCCCCUCCGCCGCUCCCGGCCCCGGUCUCCACCACCAAGGAGGCGAUGUCGAUGCUCACCUCGCUCCAGACGCAGCUCUUCGAGACCGUCGCCGAGCUCAAGGAGACCCUCGACCUGCAGGACGCGCGCACACGCCUCGCCCGCGAGGCGCGCGCCAAGGACGCAGCGCUCCUUGCCUUCGCCAAGAAGCUGCGCGAGGCCCACCACGUGCUCGACCGCCUCGUCGACGACUACGACGACUACCGCCGCGAUGCCAAGCGGCCACGCGGUGCAGCCGCGGUCGACGAGCCUGAGCCGGCGUCGAACGGGGAUUUCGGUGCGUCCCUCCACUCCAAGCUCAAGCUGGAUGACAUCCUGACCUAUGCGCAUCGCAUAAGCUACACGACCUUUGCGCCGCCGGAGCAUGGUGCCGGGCUACCACUGCGUGGUGCGCUGCCGCCUGCGCCGCAGGAUAACGAGAUGCGGAUGUCGCAGUUGUAUCAGUUUGCUGAUUUGGAUGUUGGGGUGCCCAAGAAGCUUCUUGAAUCGAAGGAGGGGGGCACAGCCGAGACGGAGUCUGCACCGCUGUUCGUGCCACCGCCGGACGAGCCUCGGCCAUCUAUGCUCCCAAUUACUGUGCCAGCCGGGUGGUCGAAAGGGUUGCCUAAAGAUCUGCUACCUGACAUUCCAUUGCCGCCGCCUGGAUGGAAGCCUGGGGACCCGAUCGAGCUACUGCCGGGUGGGAUUUUGCCUGGUGUCAAGCCUGAUGAACCACGACUCGGUGUGCCAAUGCCUGUUUGGCCAAUGCUGCCAAGGGACCAGCCAAUACAGGUGGCAGCUGUCAGCCUUGACAUUGCAAACAGUUCUAGCAGCGAUGAGUACAGUAGCGAUGUCGGGAGCUCAGAUGAAGAUGAUGAGGAUUAAUGCUUUCGUAAGUUGUCCAUCCCAUCGUUCUUGUGUUUUCAUGUGUAUCCAGUUUAUGCAAUAGCAAGAAUUGCAUAUUGUAAGCUUUAGCUAAUGUUGUCUUCUGCGCCUGACUGUUUGAGAUUUUGUAACACUAUAUCUAUUCGACACUACAUUUGACUUGAAAACGUGCUGGUGUUGUACACUAUGUUGCUAAUCAACUUGCUGUAUGUCAUAAGUGUAAUCAGCCCUGAUAGUUCAAGAUGCGUCUUAAGCUGUAUUAAUCAGAAACCUGGCUUCUUUUAUUGAUAGUGGAUGUCAUGAACUUAAUGUUUGA